GAACUUGACGUUUCCAUCCUGCUCAUGAGUGUCAGGCGGUUCAGAAAGGAAAGAUCAUUAAAACACAUAUUUGGUAGCCGCAGAAACUCACCAUGUCAACCGUAAUCCUAGGAGGGGGAAUCAUCGGAUCUUCCAUCGCCUAUUACCUAUCCGAAUCCAAACAAGCAGGGGACGUGCACAUAAUUGAGUCAUCUUCACAAUUAUUUAGCGGUGCAUCUGGCUAUGCUGCUGGCUUUCUUGCCAAAGAUUGGUUUGCGCCUUCUCUUGCUUCCCUGGGCGAGCUUUCCUUCAAUCUACACGAGUCUCUAGCAACAGAGCAUGGCGGUGCAGAAAAAUGGGGCUAUAUGAAAGGGACGGCGCUUAGUUUGGCUCCUCCUGUGAGCAGCAAAUUCGGUGUUCAUGGUGAUGACUGGCUCAGUGCAGGUGCCAGUCGAGCCGAGAUGGCGGGUGGAUCGAACGAGUCGGCUACAGUUGAAGUCCCAGAGUGGUUGACUAGACAAAAGGGAUUGGCAUUGGAGAAAAUUAGUGACGAGGACACUGCUCAGGUGGACCCAUUCAAAUUGUCCGCAUUUCUCAUAGACUCGGCAAUCUCUCGCGGUGUUCAACUUCACCAACCUGCCAGGGCCAUCUCGCUUGUCACUGACCAAGAAAGCGACCCCAUCACAGAGAUCACAAUCCAGAAUGUCGAGUCGGGUACGGAAACCACUAUACCAUGCACAAACCUGAUCGUGUGUGCCGGGCCUUGGACCCCACGCGUGUUCCAUGAUCUUUUUCCAUCCUCUCAGCUCGAUAUACCCGUUUCCUCACUGGCGGGGUAUUCUCUUGUUCUCCGCUCCCCGAGAUAUACACUGGAUGACGAACAGAAACUGCAUGAGGGCCGCAGCCAUGCCAUAUUCUCUGAGAAUCCCGGAUCGUCCGGGUUCAGUCCGGAAGUUUUCUCGCGUCAGGGUGCUGAGAUCUAUAUUGCCGGUCUAAACAGUCCUCAAACAAAACUUCCCCCGCGCGCAGAGGACACUGUAAAUCUCAAGCAACAAAAGGACCUCGAAAGACUUAAAUCAGUAUCUAUCCAGCUUUUGGGGAGGCUUACAGAUGAAGCCGCGGAGUCAGGCGAAGGGAGCCCUAAUAUCGAUGAUUUGGAAGUUGUUCGUGAAGGAUUGUGUUUCCGUCCUAUUUCAAGAUUGGGAGUACCGAUAGUUUCAAGAGUAGGGGAUAGUUCACUGGGAAGGGGCUUCAAGAGUUCUCACGAAGGAGGCGUGUUUGUUGCUUCGGGACAUGGGCCCUGGGGAAUCUCAUUAUCUUUGGGAACUGGGAAGGUUAUUGCGGAUAUGGUAAGAGGCGUUGAACCUGGGGCGAAUGUGAAUGAUCUGAGCAUAUAGCAAAAAUGGAAAAGGAAAGAGGGAGGGAACCAGGGAUUGGUAUAGUAGUCCUGGCUAAUAAAUGUACAAAAAAACGAAAACAUACAACAGCCGGG